AUGGCUGCCAUUUUAUUACUUUUUCUUCUGUCUACCUCCAUCAUUUCAACUGCCGUAGCUCAACCAAAGCAUUCCAAUAUAAGUCUAGGCUCGUCUCUAACACCCACAGGCCAACCCGUAUGGCUAUCCCCUUCUGGCCUAUAUGCCUUUGGAUUUUAUCAGCAAGAUAAGGGGUAUGCUGUUAGAAUUUUUCUUGCUGGAGUUCAACAGAAGACUGUGGUUUGGACGGCCAGCCGAGAUGAUCCUCCUGUUCCAAGCAGCGCUAAAAAUAUUCUUACAACUGAUGGAAGGCUCAUUCUGAGAUCAACACGAGAUAUAUCCAUUACUGAUUCUACCGAAAAAGUUGCCACAGCUUCGAUGCUUGAUUCUGGCAAUUUUGUUCUAUACAAUUCAGACCAAGAAAAAAUCUGGGAGAGCUUUAAAUACCCUACCACUACCGUUCUUCAAGGACAAAAGCUCUUAGCUGGGACAGAGCUAUACUCUAGCGUCUCAGAUACUGAUCAGUCGAAAGGAUUCUUUUGUCUUAAUAUGCAGACCAAUGGGAACCUUAUACAAUACCCGGUGGCAAAUUAUACAUGGACAGAAUGGUCUGCGUAUUGGGCAUCUAAUACAUUUGGUAAAGGAGACAAUGUGAGCUUGAAUCUCGACAAUGAUGGCCGUCUGUACUUACUCAAUUCGGCAGGAGUCAACAUAAAGGAUAUAUUUAUAGGAGAAUAUGAUACCAAGGAAACAAUCUAUCUGAUGAAAAUUGAUCCGGAUGGUAUCUUCCGAAUCUAUUCUUAUAAAUUAAAUCAGGAUGGCAACCGAUCAGUUAUAUAUAAUUCUUCUUCAGACAGGUGUGCGCCUAGGUCUAUGCGGCCUUGA